UGCAAGAUGAGUCCUCUUUCCCUCUCCAUCCCCCUUGCCCUGGCGCCUGAGAAACAGAGCAUCCCCAUGGCAACAGCGGCAGCUGGUCCCUUGAUAAGAGGAGCUGGAGCCGGGCAGCAGCAGACACUGCCACUGAGGAGCCGGCCCAGCUUCAGGGAGGAAGCGCUUCCUCCAUCACUCGCCUUCACAUCUCGGCACCUGCACUGACUGUGCUGGAGAAGAAAUCCACACAGCAGCCCUCCUUUGAUGAUGUCCACUGAGCAAAUGCAGCCACUCGAGCUCUCCGAAGACAGACUGGACAAGCUCGACCCUCAUUGUGGCCACUUGGAUGAUCUUUCAGACCAGUUUAUUAAGGACUGUGAGCUCAAAAAGAAGCCAAGAAAAGGCAAAAAUGCACAAGUCGCCCUGAAUGUCGAGUCAGACCAGAAAAAACCAAGGAGGAAAGAUACACCGGCCCUGCACAUCCCACCUUUCAUACCAGGUGUGUUCUCAGAACAUUUAAUUGAAAGAUAUGAUGUCCAAGAGAGACAUCCAAAGGGCAAAAUGAGUCCAGCUCUUCAUAACACUGACCUGGAACAGAAAAAGCCAAGGAGAAAAGACACACCUGCCCUGCACGUGUCCCCCUUCGCAGCAGGUGUGACACUGCUCAGGGACGAGCAACCCAAAGUGAUCGUGGAAGAUGAUGAAAAGGAUGGUGACAAGAUAGCUAUUUAAAGAUAUUUCCCCCAAGACCACUUGUAAAAUAGGUUAGAUUGGUUCCCUAUGGUAACCUAGAAAAAAUAGAGUUGUUUCUGCUCUCAUUUUGUCAUAGUCUGCCUUUAAGACCCAGACACCUUUUCCCCAGGAGGCAUCCUUUAUCAGAUUGCCAGUCACCUCUUUGUCUCUCUCUUCUCCCUUGAAUCUGGUUUCUGUCCCCACCUCUUAAAGUUUCAUUUUCUGAUGGGAUGGAAAGGAAGCAGAUCAUCCUAACUUGGGAAGUAACAGGGAAAGCUGUCGUGCUCAGCGUCUGCAUCUUCCCGAUCGAUUCCUGAAGCAAAGAACAUGGAUAACAUGGGAAUCCUUUGUUUCCAGGUUUGUGCUGCUGAGCAGGACUCGAUUUCACAUCAUCCAAAUGCCAGUUCAGGUGGGGGCUCCCUGCUGCCAGGUAGUGACGUGGAAAUGUUUGGGUUCUAACUCACUGAUUGUUUUGGAGAACAUGGUCUUUUAUUGCUUUUAUCCUGUCUUACGAGCCCACGUGUCUCUGAUGACAUACCUACCUGAGAUCCUCGUAACUGAUUCCCUACAAGUGAAUAUAGAAGCUGGAGGAGUCAACCCAGGCAACCAUGCCUUGGCUGAAAAUACCACAGAUAGAGUGCGCUGGUCUAUCUGGGAAGCUUAACAAUAUACCCCAUUUACUUAAAAAAAAAUUCUUAACCAUGUUGUCCUGAACUUUGUGCAUUGUGCCACAAGUGAACUAUUACUGAUGACAGGUAAAAUGCCAAUGUUUGUGAUGAAUUUGCUUUUAAAAAGCUUAAUUGAGGUCCAUGGAAGUCCGUUCCUAUACUUUUAGCAUUCUCACUUAUUUAGACCCCAACAUGCUUUCUUGGGUGAGAGGGAAAGACGUGUGUUAGCUAGUGAGUGGGGGUCUAAAUAUGCCCCCUGCCCCAGCCUGCAGCCCGUGCUGCUGUGGAAAGGCUUUGCACCAGGGCCUCGUCCACCAGGUGACGGACGUGGGGAGAAAAGAAACCUAUUGUUCAAAAGUAUAAGGGUGGAUAUUCAAACAGAUCCUGCCUAAAAGUGAUCAUUUGGAAGUUCUGUGUAUACCCUGACUCCGACAGUUUAUUAAUCCCUUCUGUCUGUCUUUCUGUCCUUCUCACAAAUGUGGGAAAGAUGCUAGA